GCGAGCAAGCGGAUGAAAGCGGCUCUCCUAUAGAUUAGUGAAAAUUCGCGGUGACACGCUCCAAUGACCCGUUCGCCGCAGAUGACGCAGUGCGUCUUCCUCGUUCUCGUUUUGCCACUGAUUUUGUCACACGUGCUGGGGGCUGACGCUGAUGAUGAUGACUUAGUGUCUUCCGGCAAUGUGACGACUACAUCAUCAUCUGCUCUAGUUACUCCUUUUUGCGUCAUCCGGGCGACGCUCUAUGUUUCGCCUUCUCUUUCCCGGAGUAGUGGGGACUUUGGCCUUCCACUGGACAUAGAUUGCAGUGGAAACUUUAGCGAGGAGCUGAGCCCAUUUGAUUUGGGUGCUCAGAGAGUAGCAGGAAAGCGGCAUGUACUCCUCGAUGGAUCGCAAACACCGCCUCUGGGUAUAGCCAGUUAUGGAUUGGAGUAUCUGGAUAAUUGCGUAGACCUGGAGAGCCUUGAGAUCCAAAGAUUUGUGGGUGAUGAAACACUGAAACUAAGCUGUGGGGGAGCUCAGCUGCCUAAUCUCACAGCGGUUACCUUUAAGAAUAAUGAAUUAGGAGCGUUAAGAGCUGAGACCUUUCAGGAUUUGCCCCAACUGAAACGACUUGAACUACAGGACAACUCUUUGAAAUACUUGGAGAUCCUGAAAGGAGGCGAUGCUCUACGGGAGCUUUUCAUUCAAGAUGAAAGGGAUUUAGUGCUUAAAGAUAAUGACUUCAUUCGGCAGCAGUCCGAGUUGGAAAAAUUGCACUUAAAGAACAUGAAAAAUAUAGAAGAUCAAUUCUUUAACUUUCUGCCCGAAAAUCUAACCGAGCUUCUAAUAGAAGACUCCCCUAUCCAACCAGGAGACUUGCUGCUAAGCCAGGGUAUAUCCCACCUCAUCAAUGUCAGCAUCACCAACUGCCAGCUGAGGAGUUUCUCCCUGGAACCCCCACGAAAUCUAGAGAUUACUCACCUUAACCUGAGCAACAAUGCCUUGAGGUUCUUGAGAUUAACCUAUCUGAAUGGCCCAAGCACUCUGAUUAGUUUGGACUUGAGCAAGAAUCAGUUAAAGCAUCUGGACAUAGAGUGGUUCUCAAGGAUGACCAGUCUUGAGAAGAUUUUCCUGCAAGAGAAUCAGUUUCAGUCCCUAUCGCUGCUUCACUUACUUACCAGGAUUGCACCUGCGACUCUCUGCCACCUGGACUUAAGGUCCAACGAACUGAUGAGUCUCAGGGAUGGAGAGAGAACCAUUGCUGCGUAUUGGAAGCCACAACUGCGACUUCUGAUCGAUGGAAACCCUUGGAGCUGUCAGUGGUUAUUGAAUUUUUCGCACACUCAACCGCAGCUCUUCCGCCUUUUUCAAUAUUCCAAAUACAUUUCCCACAUCAAUGUGAAUGGCCUGAGUUGCCGGCCACAGGAAGCGCCCACGCAGCAGCCUGUCAAGCUGCAGAGGAUCAUGCAGGUGAGGAUCAAUGGAUCGGAGGCGUCCGGAGCUCCAGUUCCUGUGAUACAUCCGCCCGGGAAUGUGACCAGCUUCACGGUGCUGUAUGGCAAUCCCGUGGAACUGCAUCGAAGUCAGCGACAGGGAGCCUUGAUAAUCGUCUUCAUGCUGCCAUUGGGCAUAGCCUUGCUCUUCCUUCUCCUGUACCUGUACCUCCACUGCGAGCGGCUUUUCCACCUUUCCUACUAUGCCUCGGGCUUGCCCUGCUUCGGUGGUGGGGAAAAGACCACCUCCCGGUUUGUGGACCAUGUAGAUAUUGUUAGGUAUCCCAUAGGCAAUGGCUCCUCUCCAGUGGACCUCGAAGCGGAUCCUCUGCCCGAUGGCUAUGAGACGCCUGUGAGCGGGGCUGCCUCCAUCUGCAAUUGCGCGGGUAAUCAUAGGGAGUCCGCCUGUUCCAGGACCCACCAUGUCACCUACGAAUCCCUGCCAGCAGAGCUGCCUUAUCAACUCUAUGCGGAGAUCAAGGAGGAUCAAGCGGAGGAGGAAACCGACGAGAUGCUGGCAGCCAGGCCAACAGCUCCCAUAUACGAUCAUUUGUCCUUUGUCGAGGAAGUGCUGCCGAAGCAAGAGCAGGAGACAAGGGAGAUUUCUUAGGUCUUUGUUAUAAAAUAUACACUGUGCCAUAUUUAACACUGUUAAAAUAAACUGUGAAGUUAGAAAUUAAAGUUAUGUUAUAGAAAGUUGAAAAUCUUAGUAUUUUGAACGAGAAAUAUUUGUUAUCGGAAAAAACUCUUUUAAAAAAAGUUCAAAGUGGAAAAGAAAAGCCUAAGAUCGACGAAACGCGAGAUUAAGACAAAUACCAAAGCCACAAAGAUAUAGAAAAUGUAGUGGAAAAACCUUGUAGUGUCUUAAUCAACAACCGACAACCCUUUAAAAAAUAAAACAAAUCGAAAAUCAAA